CCUGUCUUCAUUUCAUUUCUCCCGCCGAAGCCAGCCACGGCACACCGACGCCUCGCCUGGCAUAGACAACCCUCGGGUUUUGGACACUUCUUAUUUCAUUAUCAUGAAACAGCCACAGUGCGUCAGAAGACCAUCUUGAACGACUUGACAGACGCCUGCUGCGAUCCCUUUUACGAAAUCACGAGUCUGGCUAUGACCCUUACUGAACCUGCGACGAGAUCUCUUAACCACUUGAAACACAUUCGCGACCGGACCUCACCAACAACCGGCGGUGACAGUUCUUGAUUCGGUGGCUUCGGUAUAACAUCUCAUCGAGUCUCCACGAUUUUCCAAUCGACGAGAUCGCCCAAAAUCCAUUACAUCAACGAAGAAUUACUGGCAAAAUAAUCCUGGACGAACAGUCAGUGGGUCGCAAGCCGAACCGUUGUCAAUCCCUUGAAACCUCCCCAAUUGAUGCCACCUGCGGCCUAGAUGGUCAUCCUGCCAGCCCCCCUCCGCCACCAAGUUUCCCAAAGUUCAAAACCAAGGCCAGCACAUGCCAGCCAGUCAACAGCCAUGGAGGAGCCCCUAAAACAGCCAGCCGCAUCCUCUCUCCGGCAUGGUCGCAAACAUGGACCCGUGCUAGCAUCAUGUCAACCGUCAGCACCAUCUUCAACUCCACCAAUGAUGCGGAUGUCUUCGCCAGGGGCUGGUCCAUUGGAAACUUCGCAUCUUGGCCAUGAUCCUCGAGCUUCCAGUUCGCAGUUGGCAGGCCUUGAUCAAGUCGUCCGCAACACCGAAUAUUAUGUCCUUUGGCGCAUACCGACACUCGUUUCCUGCAAGUCUUCAAACCUCAACUGUGCAGAAAUAACACAGCCAUCGUGCACGAACAUUGAUCUUAAUUACCCUGUCAAUAACAACGCUCGUUCACCGGAAAUUAAAUCACCACAUUCGCAGGCGGAAACAUUCAACACCUUCUCCCGCAACCACUGCACUUACAACUUCAUCGAUGAGAACGCAGGGCAAGGAGUUCGCUCGUUAACCUCCUCCUUCUCCUCCAGCGCUCAGAUCCUUAAUAUGACGACAAUAACCGCAAGCAUCCCCGGCUCACCUCCUGACUUGUCCGGCUCCCGAUCCUCCAAAUCGUCCUCGUACUCUUCCACAUUUUCGAAUUCCGAUGACUUAGAAUCCGACUCAAUCAACUUUGAAGAGAUUGGCUUGGAAGAUGACAAACAAGCCCCUCCCGAAAGCUGCCAUUCGCGAGACCUCUCUAUACAAUCGUUUGGAUCGCAUCAUGAGUUGAUGAAGACGAAGGAUUUUGGAACUGGGGACAAAAGGCAGGCGCUUCCACAGUUGCAGACACAAAUCAACUUGUCGCAUCGGAGACAGGAUUCCGCGACGCCGAGAGCAGCCGGGUCGAGAAUGCUGUCAAUGAAGCGCGGAUUCACUACUCCUGAGAAUUUCUUCCCUCCCAGUAACAGGACGAGGUCUUCGUCACCACCGCAAAGGAGACCUCUCACAUCAAUUUCCAAAAACGUUGUCAGUGCUGGCGGUCUACGACCCAUACCUCAAUCGUCGACAUCUUCACUUGGCCCGCCUUCGAGACGGGCUUCAUGGCAACCAGCUAGGAAGACUGUCAAGGAGUUGGAAGCAGAAUAUAACGACUCUGACGAUGAGCUGCCUGAAGAUGCAAGUCUCUGGAACGUUCCGGUAUCGCCACAUGUGUCUGGACAAAGGUCACAUAGAUCGAGUUUCCGCGGAAGCCCGGAAAGAGAAUUGCAAGCUCACAGUCCUCGUCCUAUACCUCUGGCACACGCGAGGACGACUCCAGACACGCCUCCUCGCGUAACCAUGCAUUCUCAAAGCCUGCCAAAGAAUAGGGUUCCGCCUUCACGAGCAGUCACUCUCAAUCCUUCCACGUCAGAUCCUCCAUCACCACGGAGGGCAAAUAAUCUGCGUAACGGAAGAACGAAGUCAUGGAACCUUGCGAUGGCCGAUCUGAGUGAGGAGGCUCGGAUUAUCAGUGAAGCGUUGGAAUACCAUGCCGAAUCCAAGCAGCAAGAUAGGCUUGAAAGCUUGCGAGGUGGCUCCUCGCGGGAGAGCUUGGAGACUGUUUCGGACGGCAAGUCGACAAGAAGCUCGAGCAUUCAACUGCCCCCAAUCCAGAAAAGCACUUUGGACUUUAUGCCUAUAUCAAAGCAGAAGGAGGCAAUCCUGUCGCGAACAAGGCCGUCGUGGCUACCACCAAAGGAUCCUAAAGAAGAGCGGCGACAUCUAAAGGAGUAUCAGCGCAUGAUGGCGGCAUCUAUUGAAGCUGAAAAGAAACGUUCCACCAAGCUGCAGGUUCAGCAAUGCACAGAGAGUGAUACGCGCGAUUCGCUCAACCGGAUCUGGCAAUAUUAUGUCGAAGAGUCCACCGACAUAUCAACGAUCGACAAACGUGUGAAUGAUCUUUGCUGGCGUGGUAUCAGCCCCAACAUUCGUGGCAAAGUCUGGCAGAGGAGGAUAGGGAAUUCUCUGGGACUUACUGUGAAAAGCUACGACAAGGCUCUGCAACGAGCCAAGGAGAUCCAAAAGCUACCGACCGACCAGCUAGAUCGCAACACUAAGAGUAUGGAACGAUGGUUUGUCGACAUCGAAAGAGAUGCCGAAACGGCAUUUCCCGAGCUCAAUCUAUUUCAACGGAAUGCGCCUCUUUGGCAGGAUCUGGUCGACGUCUGUGAAGCUUACGCAUGUUAUCGCAGUGAUGUGGGAUAUUUUUAUGGGAUCCAACUCAUCGCCGCAUUACUUUUGUUACAACUGCCCACUCCAGGCGAGGCGUUCAUCCUCCUGGCGAAUUGUUUGAACAGACCAACACCUUUGGCAUUUCAGACCAAUGAUACACCUACGACUGGACGAGCAUACAACCAUGCGAUUUCCACCUUGAGUGUCAAGUUUCCUCGUCUUCACGAGUAUCUGUUUGGCUCCAUGGAACAAGGCGGUCUGGGGUUCAGUGGAGAAGAAGUUUUCGAACCCAUGUUCCGGACUAUAUUCUCCAACGGCCUCGAUGUUGACCGACUUUGCCGGCUCUGGGAUAUCUGGGUAUUCGAGGGUGACCGGACGCUGAUCCAAGCAGCAGUGGGCGUCUUGGGUAGCCUUCAAGCGCAAUUGUUCGAUAUUCGAGGAAGCAUCGAUCUGAAGAGGCGCAACAUUCAAGAAAUGCUUGGGUGGGGACCUUUCAAUCGACAACCUCAAUCCGGUCAUUGGAAUCUUCAUGUUCUUGGGGACGAAGAAAGAUUUGUUGAAGAAAUACGCCUUGCUGGCACCCUCGAUUACACUGGCAAGUGAACAAUGCUUAAUGAAGUGUACAGGUUUGUACAAAUGAAUAUUACUGAAUACAAGAGGAGGCAACAACUUCUUCCGCUGGUUUAAUCAACGACCCUGUUACCAACUUCUUCUGAAAGAGAGGGAAGCUUCUUUAGUUCUGGAAAAUCUGGAUUUGAGAGCAGGAGAGAAGGGCCGCUCUUUGUUCCUGCACUUCAGGUUGUCGGCCUCGAAGCUGCUGAGGGCGAGCGAGAUUUGAUACUGUAUAUAUUUAGUUUUCGUUGGACUUUGAGCUUUUGAUGCUCGUCCUUUCUGAUUCUUUUGUCGCGAGAUCAAGUUAUGAAGACAGAUAACUAAUUGAUGAGGAAGCAGGCCAAACCUUUUGGUCAAACU